GCCUGGUUGAAAAGCCCAAAAUCCAGCAUUGUUCAUAGCCCACCAAACAAUUAUAAUUUUUACUGAUUCAUUGACACUUCUAAUUAAUUCAACUCUGAAAAAUUAUACUCAGAGCAUCAGCGAUGACAAUUCACAUUGGUCUAACAAAAAUUGUGUCGACUAUGAUUAGCUAUGCAAAAUACGCAUUGCCUGCCGUGUUAAUGAUAUCCAUAUAGUUCAUUGACUAUGCUCGAACAAGUUGUAAUUUGUCGUGGAAGAUGCUUACAACGUGUUCGAUAAAAUGCCACACAGAAGUACCAGCAAUGAAUUAUCGGUAUUGCAUUUGGGUUUAUCGUUCAUUGGCUAUGCUUGAACAGUUGUAAUUUUUCAGGGAAGAUGCUUACAACAUGUUCGAUAAAAUGUCGCACCGAUAUUGCAAUUGGGUUUUGAUGUUGCAGCCUUGGGUCUUGGGGAAAAUGGAGAAUCAGAGUUCAAAAAUUUCAUGAACAAUUAGUGACUUUUGUGUUUCGACUGGCGAAUAAUGGCUUAUAAACUAGUGCAAAACCUUCUUUAUCGCCCAAAACAUCUUCCCAGGAAGCAAAAUAUGGCUAUGCAUCUGAGAGUAGUAUUUUAUCAUUGCUCUGAAGAUUCAAAUGAAGAACCUUUACUUUCUGAAUGGAAUGAGAAGGCAUUUCCAAAGCUAAUGAAAUUGACCCACUUGUUGAAAAAUGUGGAUUUGAUUGACGGAAGGCUUGUUAACAUCGAUGACAAUUCAAUAGUUGUUGAUGACUAUCUUGAACAAAGUAUGCAUACUUUUAAGUCGCUUUCCCGGGUCUUUCUUGGGUCUCCUACGAUGCAGCAAGCAUUAAAGAACGCAAAGGCUAUACCGCCUCUUUGUUUUAGUAAACCAAGCCAAAGAGAGCCAAUAACUGUGACUUCGAUAACCAAAGUUUGCAACUUCUUAAACAUUUCUGCUCAGCAGAGGAAGUUGGUGCGUCUAGCAAUAUGCCCACAGGUUACACAGCACCAGAUAUGGACUGGUGCACUUGAGGAGGUACUGAUAGGAUUGAAAUCAGAGAUUGAAUUUCUGAGUCAUCAUUGUCCAACCAAAGGGACAAGGAUGGGUCUGCAAAUAGUCUCUAGCUGUCUGAAGUUCUUAGAUGCUGCUAAUUCUUAUGAUCCCAACUCCACUUCUUGGAUGCGCCUUAAACCUUCAAAAGUCAAUGAUUCACCAGUUUCGGAUAAAUGGGAAGAUAUUCUUGAGAUGUUCAAUGACCUUAUGAAUUGCUUGAGAAAUGAAAAGGAGUCACUUCUUCAUUAUACGAAGAUUGAGAUCAUGAAAGAGGGGCUUUUUCAGAUUAGGGAUGUGUUGAUAAAUAAGAAUAUUGGAUACAAGGAGAAUCGGCAUCAAGAAAGUUUAGUUCAGAAGAAGCUAACGAAGUUAUUGGGUCAUUCAUCGAGAUGCUUGUUCACGCUUCUAUUGUACUAUCUCUAUGGCAGUGUUGGAGAUAUUGGAGUAGAGAUUUGUGGUGGGAUUUAUGAGAGUGGUGGUGACGGCGAUUACAAGUUUUGCUUGUGUAUGGGGAAGAUUUUGACAUCGAAUGAGGACAAGAUGGUUCAAGGUGGUAUGAAGCAAUUGGACAGGGCUCUUCGGCUAUUCAAGUUUGUACGUGAAACGGCAGGAAUGAAAGGAGAUUUGGAGCUGCAAGGCCAUUUAUGGUGUGUUGCGACUGAGGACAAUUCUCUUACAUUCAGAGGAAAUAGGUUCUUCGUACAUGGGAUGAGACUAUAAUCUAAGAGCAUCUCUGUAAAAGAGUUUUAUGUGGGUUAUGCAGUAUUGCAAUUUGCAUUCAUCAGUCACUUCAUGCAAGUUGAAAUCAAGGCAUGUUUUUUUAAGAUCUUGUUACUUGAUACUUGUCAAAUUUAACACAAAUAAUGUCCCAACUAUUAUGUCAAAAUCAGUGAUUAUAUGCAAGUCAAA